UCCUGUCUGACCGCGAUCAAUUGUGUCGGCGGCUACACGAGGAAUUUAAAAUGAAUAACAGUAAACGUCCGAAAGUUUUUAAAAGCUUUAUCUACCAAAAGCAACAGAAAAGACGAUCGGAUCACUGCUGCGUCCCCCAGUGCUCAGCAUCCUCGAAAUUUAAUGGCAUUUUGAGCUUUCACUGCUUUCCCGCUGAUGCGAAGCUAAGAAAGAAAUGGCUUAUAAACAUCUGCCGUGACAAGUUCCACGUAACGAAAAACACUAAGGUUUGUAGCAGGCAUUUUACUUCAGAUCAACUUGUCAAACCCGUCAAAGAAAACGGAAGGACACGAGUGGCGAAAGGAACUGUACCUGUGCUGUUUGAGUGGAAUAGCUACAGUCUCCAGCAAAGGCAAGAUGGUGAGGAGAUACAGGAUACUGACUCUGAUGUGGCUGAACAACGAGAAUGUGGGAAAUUAAAGGUAAAGUGGACCCCUGAGGAGGAUGAAAGUCUGAAGACUCUGAUUCAGAAUUUUGGGCAGAAUGACUGGAAAUGCAUUGCCAGUUUUUUGCCAGGACGCACAGAGUACCAGUGUCAGCACCGGUGGUUGAAGGUUUUGAAUCCUGACUUGGUCAAAGGCCCCUGGACAAAGGAGGAGGAUGAAAAGGUCAUUGAGCUGGUAAAGAAGUAUGGCACCAGACAGUGGACUUUGGUGGCUAGACAUCUAAAAGGUCGAUUGGGAAAGCAGUGUCGUGAACGCUGGCAUAAUCACCUUAAUCCGGACGUGAAAAAGUCUUCCUGGACUGCAGAAGAGGAUCUCAUCAUCUACAAGGCUCAGUGUGUCCUGGGAAACCGCUGGGCUGAAAUUGCCAAGCUCUUGCCUGGGAGGACAGACAAUGCAAUAAAGAACCACUGGAACUCCACAAUAAAACGUAAGGUGGAGAUGGGUUUCUAUGCCAAGGAAGACGACAUCCCAUUGUCAUUGCCAAUCCAGCUGGAGCACGGAGAAGUCACUACUUACUGCAACCGCAAUAAACAGAUGGAGUUCCACUGUGAUGUUGUCUUGGAUGCUGACCCUGUACCAGACACUGAGGAGCAGGAGGCCUCACCUUCAUCUGCCUCAAGUGUCAGAGCUGGGGAGAAUCGUUCCCCUGAAAUUGCCUCCUCCAGUCAACUUCUUGGGACGUUGACUCCAAAAACUGAGGUUGACUCUUUGGAAGAUGUACGUCCCAGUCGCUGGUUUGUGGACAGUGCAGGCUUCCUCUCACCCACACCUGGCUCCGCCUGCAGGGAGGCGCUGGAGCUCACAGAGGGGACAAAACAUGCAAAAGAUAUCAAAAUGGAUCAAAAGACAAAAUUGAAAUUUAGGAAGGAAUCGUCCACUCCAAAGCUGAAAGCUGUUGUUCCACCAUCUGGUGUGGUGAUGAAAGAGGCCUCAAGCCCCUCUGCUGGCCAUAUCACCAGCUCUACAUCUCCCCCGACUCCCACCUCUUCUUCCAGCUCUGGCUCUUCCCAGCCAAGUCGCCACAAGAGUAUUACUGAAGCAAUUUUGCGCAUGAUUGCAGAAGACAUGCUGCCGCUUAACUUUGUGGAAGGCUCUGGUUUCCGCAGCUUCAUGUCAGUGGUGGAUGCUCGGUACCCAAGGCUCUCACAACGCACUGUGGGUUUGAAGUUGUAUGAUGAAGUGGAGAAGACUGUCAAGCCCCAUCUUAUUCGUGAGUUGAAAUGCUGCAUCGCCAUGAGUGGAGGUGAUGCUGUUAUCCAUGUCACCUUGGACUUGUGGAGUAGUCAGUAUGCUGAGCCAAUCAUUGCUGUCCAGCUGCACUUUGUUGAUGACUACUGGAAUAUCCAUCGUCCCACUGUUGCCUUCCGUCACCUGAGUCGCAAGAACAUUAUGUCAUCGGUGGCCCGUGAGCUUGAGGCUGUGUUGUUGAGCUAUGGUUUGUUUCCCCAUAACAUUGGCUACAUCAUUACUAAUGAGGCCAAGACCACCAUUGCCACCAACAGUCUCUUCUGUGAUUAUAAAAUCAUACGUUCCUCCUUGAGAAACGACCCCGAUGAGGAAGAGAUGCUAAGCUUUCUGGAUGAUUUCCCAGCCUCUUCAGACGAGUUUUCUGAUAUUCAGUUCGGCACAAGGGUCAACUCUAUUGCCCACCUGCUGCAGCUGGUUAUCAAAGAGGCCCUGAAGAACUCGCGUGUAGUGGAGAACGUACUGUCUCAGGUGCAGAAUGUGGUAUGCUUCUUCCGCCACAGUGGCUACUGGAAUGAGAUGUUGGUGAAGGAGUGUGGCCUUUCUCUUGGGCCCCCGCACAGCCUCAGCAGCUUCCGUUGGAACUCCACCUUUGUGGCGGUGCGCCGGAUGGUGCAGGAGGCUGUGUGGGGCUCAGUCAUGACUCUGUUGGCACAGGCCCGCAUUGAGGCCAAAGACACGUCAAACUCCCCUCCAGUAGUGCGGGCCAAGCGGGAACAGGUGCUGGACAUCAUUGGCCUGUUGGAGCCCUUUGAGGAGGCCAUCCAGGUUCUACAGGAAGAGGGUGUCACCUUCUCCCUCAUCAUCCCAUCUCUUAUUGGCCUUGACAAGACCUUAUCUAUUAGGUCCACUAAUUACAGUCACUUUAGUAAGAGCCUUCGUACGGGCUUGCAUGCUCGCUUCCAGCCCCUCCUUCUGCAAAGGGACUUGAUCCUGGCCACGGUUCUUGAUCCUCGCAUCAAACUGCAGCCCUUUGAAGAUGCCAAACUGGAGACAGAGGGUGUCACCUUGUCAGCCCCUUCCAAAUUCCAAGCAAGGACACUAGUGGAGUCUGCAUUGGAAGACAUGGACACCUGGAACUUGCCAGAGGAUGGGUGUGUAAAAACAGAAAAUGUGGAGCAAUGCCAUGAGGAAGCAGACACAUCGAGCUCUCCUCCGGGCAGCAACAUCAAGCGCAAAAAGAUCUUCAGCUUCUUUCAGCCGCCCGCUAAACACAUGAAGCUUUCCGAGUUGGAACUUUACCUGUCGGAGCCCUUGCUGGAUGGUGACAGGUCCACCCAGGUUUUCUGGCGGGAAGCAACACGCUUUCCUCAGCUGCGGAGCCUUUCCCGCAAGCUGCUAGCUGUACCCGCCACUUCGAGAGGCUUUGAUCGUCUGUUCCCCCUUGCUAGCUGCAUUGUACGGGCCAAGAGGAAUAAGCUGCCGCCCCACACUACCGAGAGACUGGUAUUGUACAGAGAAUCAAUAAAGCUGAAAAACGGGAAACGGUAAACUGAACUUUGAUGCUUGGGUAGAGUAGGACACCUCAGCGAAUGAACAGCAGUAAGCCGAAGGUCAUCCUUCUCCAGCAUCAAGCCGAUUUUACCACCUUCAAGUUAACUGGAAAUGUUUUUCUGGUGUCAAAAGAAUGAUGAAAUUAUGUGUGAUCAUGGAGGGUUGUUUAAAAUUUAGAACCCCCCCCCCCAAUUUAACAUGAUUGUAAUAUACCAAGCUUUGAUUUGUACCUUUAUAGAUGAAUUUACCAAAUAAAUUUAAUCAUUUAAUUUUGUUAUAUAUUGUUUGGAAAAAUAGGAGGCAUCCCUCUAUAUUAACAAUCACAGCUUCAGUUGGUCUCUGAAUAUUAUCUGUUGAGGUGUGUGUGUGUGUGUGUGUGUGUGUGUGUGUGUGUGUGUGUGUGUGUGUGUGUGUGUGUGUGUGUGUGUGUGUGUGUGUGUGUGUGUGUGUGUGUGUGUGUACGUACGUAAAAUUGAGAGAGACGCAUGUAACUAUGCAUCCUUUUAAGAUGACUCUUGAGGUCAGAAUACAAUGUAGUCGUAUCUUUAUACUUCACAUUUUGGGUCAAGAACCAGUACCAGUGGAUAACAGUUGAAUUCAUAUUGAAUUAAGAAUUACCCCAUUUGUCAGUUGUGGAUAAUUGACCGCUCAUAAUCUUGCAAAUUGUUUCAUUAUUUGUACUUCGAAAACUGUACUUUUUUAAGACCAUGUGAUGUUUCUUAAUUGUAUUUGCGCUGAAACACCUACCUCUUGUUUAAGCUGCUUUUGGCUUAUACCUACAGUUCUUUAACUCCUUGUAUUUCUGUUCAAAUUUGGUUACUGGGAAGAGAUUGGUUCAGUUUUUUAAAAUGGUUUGAUUGCAGAUGUCCAUUUACACAAUUAUUUUCUACAUUAAUAUUAAACUGCAAAGUUUACUAAAUGUCACCAUUUAAGUCAGAACAGCGGUACAUAAAUCCAAGCAUACAUUUGUCUUAAACACCAACAUGUAAGCAAGUUAGGAAACAGGAAAAAAAUUACUUUCAUCUCUACUCUCUAGCCCAGUAGGGGUUUUUAUGUAGCCAAAUUCCUUAAGAAUUCUGAGGAUUACAUGUUACUGCUGAUGAGGGUCUCGAAAAAUAUGCAGCUUUAUGCACUUAUGUGCUGAAUGGUGCCUUGUCCAGUGGGACUGCCUGAUAUUACUGUAAUUUAUAAUGGGCUAUCUGAUCAUUACACAUUUUUAAACCCCGUGUCGAAUUGGUAUCAUAAAGAAUUUUAGGGGAAUGAAUUCUUAUGCUGUUAAUUCUUACUGGCUAUUGAAAAUGUAUUAUGAUUACAGGGCUAUUUGUGCAUUAUGUUAAUGCAAUUUCUCUGUUAUAAAAUGCUGUAAAAAGAUGAAACUCUUAAAUGAACAUUUAGAAAUUAGUGAAUAUAAUUUUUUUCCCUUUAAGAGGUUAAGUUCAUGGGAACAUUAACUUGAAUAAGUGGGCAUGGUUGACCUCAAUUACAACUUAUUACUUACAUUAAUGUUGAUAUCUGAUGUCUGGGAAUGUAAAGCCUCCUCCCAGGUUCCCAUUAAAUGAUGUAAUUAGAUGGCAUUACGUGUAAUGAAGAUGAGUUGCUGUAUUUAAUGACCCUGGAGCAUUUCAUUUUCAGCUUGCUGCUUAAUGAUUUCACUCACUCUAAGGUUGAAGUGUUUUUGACAUUUUAUCAAAUUGUGUGCAAAUGUCCUGGCCGGUGACCCUUUCCUUUACUGCACCUUGUCAGCUUGUCUAAGACUUAGAACUGAGCUUUAUCUGUAAACAUAUGGUCUGGCACCACUCUUUUGUUUUCCGAAGUCAAAUUAGCUAUCAUCCGACAAUAUUGUAAUUGUAAUACGUACUCUGUUUUGUUGGGAAAACUGUUAGCUAGCUGUUAGCUGGUUCCAAACAAAACAAAAAUUAUUUUAUACUUUUCUGUUAUUCUGUUCCAUUGACUUGUGUCUCAUGAUGGCAUUAUGAAAUGUUUUGUCUGUUCUGAGCACCCUAUCCCCCCCCCCAAUCUGCCAUGGGAUGCAGUGUAGCACAGUUUGCCUUUUUCCUGGAGUGUACACUCAGUUAAGUGCAUCUCUCUUGCUCAUACAUCCAGAAAAAUAAAACAAUUUUCAAUUCAAA